UUUUGUUCUCUUCCCCCCCUCCUCUAACCCUAACCCCACCUCACCACCAGGAUUCAACAUGAAGGGAAGUAAAUCAAAGUCGGAUACAAUGACCGCUAAGUUCUCCGUGAAUAAGAAAUCAACCAAGAAGGCUGGAAAGAAAUCGGGGAAGGCAGCUAAGGAUCCAAACAAGCCAAAGAGGCCUGCUAGCGCCUUCUUCGUAUUCAUGGAGGAAUUCCGCGAGCAAUACAAGAAGGAGCAUCCUAAAAACAAAUCCGUUGCUGCAGUUGGCAAAGCUGGUGGAGAUAAAUGGAAGAGCCUGUCGGAAGUUGAAAAACGACCAUAUGUUGAGAAGGCAGAGAAGCGAAAGGUUGAGUAUGAAAAGAACAUGAAAGCCUACAAUAAGAGACAGGCUGAGGGUCCCAAAGAUGAUAAAGUAGAGUCUGAAAAGUCUGUGUCUGAGGUGAAUGAUGAUGAAGAAGAGGAUGAUGAAGGCAGUGGAGCUGAAAAUGAUGACUAGGAAGAUCCAGGGGGGUAGCAUUAAUGAAAGUAGGCCAUGAUAGUGUGUGAUCAUCUUAUGUUAAUGCUUUUAAAUGAACAUUUCGUUUAAGGAAAAUGUAACUCUGAAUCUUGUUUGUUUCCUUUGACGUCUUGAAAUUAAAAGUUGUAGAUGGGAAAUUUGCUGAUAUAUGUAUUUUACAUUCAAAGUCUUAAGAUAGGUUAAUCCUUUUUUAGAGA